GCCCUUUUAUAAGGUGUUUGUGAUCAAGCAUGAUGGGUGCUCUCGGGAACGGUCGACGUGGUGGACGCUCUCCAUCUCUGCUGAUGGCAGCGCUCAUCUCCUUCAUCCUCCUGCUCGCCUUCAACUACUGGGUCUCCAACUCCAGAAACGUGGAGCUGCAGAGAAAGAUAUUGGAGCUGGAGAACCGAAUUCGGCUGCUGUCUGCAGACCGGGAAAGAGAAGAGCAGAGCAAGCUGAAGGCCGAGGACGAGAUGCACAGACAGAACGAACAGCUGGAGUUGAUGGAGAAAACGCACCACAGACAGCAGGAGAACGCUAUCAACAGCUGGAGACAAGAAAAAGAGAAUCUGCAGCUCAACAUUUCCUCCAGUGCUAAAGCAGUACAAGACAUGAAGAACCGUAUGAAGUCACUACUGGACGAUGUGAAUAAGAUGCAGAGUGAACUGAAGUCCUGUCACAGUAGUAUGGACACGCUCACAAAGAAAGCCAACAGUGACAAGACUCGGUGUAACAAAGAAAUUGAGGCAACAAAAGAGGAAUGCAGUGUGAAGAUAGCAGCUGCCAAACAGGGGAAACUAAAGAUGGCUGAAAAAGUAGAUCCACAGGAUGCUGAUGGUCCCAUGCAGAAAGUCUUGAAAGCCAAAUCUGAUGUUCCCCCUUCAAACGAUUUAAAUAAAAACCCAGCAGAACCUCCAAACGGAAAACCAGAUGUGGAUUUACCAUCCAAACUCGAUGCUCAGGUUGAAACCAAUGAGUUGGUAGUGGAGAAAGAUUCAAGAGAUGCUGUGAUCUUACUAGACACGCCUAUUUCUACCUCCAAACUGACCAACAAGAGUGAGACCCUCAAAAGGCCAGCAAAUGAAGCUGUUGCAGAGGCAGUGGAGGACGUUAAAGAACCAGCUCCAAAGGAUGCAGAAGCUGUGCUGGAUGAAGCAGAUAUUUUAGAACCGAAGGAAAAUGACGCUGGGAUUGGAGAUGCCAAUGAGGAAGAUGAUGUUGGGAUUGGAGAUGCGAAUCAGGAAGAAGAUGAUGAGGAUUUAAAACUUAAAGCCGGUGAUCUGAAGGAGGAAGACGCUGCACUUGGGAAGGAAGAUGCCAUUAUGUAUGACAACGAGGGCGAGAUCGAAAAACAGCUCUCUCAGAUUAAAGGUGCUCUUCCAUUGUUAAUCUUCACACACAAAUAUUCACAGUGGGUGGGCUGAUUCAUGUUGUGUGUA